AUGAAUGAAUUGUCUAAUGAAUCAAAUUCAACUGUUGAACCAACAUCACCGUCACCACCACCACCACCACCACCGCCAACAACAACAACAUUAUCACCGGAUGAACUUCGUCGUCGUCGUCUGGAAAAAUUUUCUUCUGGAUCAACAUCAAAAUCUCAAACUUUGACUAGUUCUAAUGAUGUUAAUGAUAAACAAGUAUCAACACAAUUAUCUAAUGAACUUGCUACAUGUCAAAUUGAUUCUGAACAAACCAAUUUAAUUGAUGAUACACAUAUGGAUAUUGGAGAAUUACCUACAACAGAACUAAUAGCAGCUAGUGGCGAACAAAGAUUAUUAAAAAGUCAACAUUCAACCGGUGAUAAACGUUCGUAUGAUAUUAAUUCGAAUAAUACAACUAAAGAGAUAAUACAAGAUAAUCAAGUUUAUGACGAUGGAAAUAGAAAUGGAACGAUAAAAAAAAGAAAAUCUGAAAAUUUAUUAAAUAAAGAACCCGAAGAACCAAUUAUUCGACGUAUUAUUCGUUUAAUAAUGAAUAUUACUGAUCAAAAUCAAUUAUUUUUUAAUGAUUUGAUUGAAAUAUCUCUUCAACGUCGAUCAAAAUCAAUUUUAUCCGAUAUAUUUCUUCGAUGUCUCACAUCAACACAAUCUGAUUUAAUCAAAUCUUUAAUUCGUAAUGAUUCAAAUUACUCAGAUCAAUAUGAUAUUUAUCUUUGGUAUUUUUUAAAUGUUUAUACUCGCUGUGAUUAUAAAAGCUCAUUGCAAGAAGAACGUGAUCUUACUGAACAUUGUCGAUUAUUAUCUGUUCGAUAUACUCUUAUUUAUAUAACAAAUAAUGGAAUAUUUCUUGAUUCUUGGAAUAAAACACUCAAAUUACUUGAUAUUUUAUUAAUUGAUACAUGUCCCGAAUCUUUACGUACAUCUUUUUUACAUGACAUUGUUAAAAUAUCAUACAAUCAGGAACCAAAAAUGAAGGUUUGUGAAAUACUUGUACGUACAAUUCUUUAUCGUCUUCGUCAAACAUGUUCACAAGCAAAUAUAUAUAUAAAUCUUUUAUCAUUACUUUUAAAUUUAUGUGAAUGUCGAAAUGGAAAUGAUAGACCUGUAUGUACAUAUCUUGUGACAUUAAAUGAUUGGUUACCACAAGUAGCAUUACAUGAUGGAAAAAGUUUACAGCGAAUGACACUUUUAUCACCGAUUUUUUAUAUAUCAUGUUUUGCUGAAGAUGAUAUUGAUUUACUUGUCAGUCAACUUGAAAAAAUCAAUGAACAAGAACAAGAUGAUGAUGAUAAUAGUCAAGAUUUUUCUGAAUAUAAAGAAAAACAAAUUCGUUCAACAAUACAAAGUCAAUUAUAUACAGCACGUAAAUUAAUGCAUAAAAUAGUACUUGCUUUUUUUUCUAAUAUAUCAUCACGUAAUGCAAUGUUGGAUUAUUUACAAAAAUUUAUUCAAUUAAAUAUUAAACGUACUCAUCUUACUGUUGACGAAAGUCAAGUUACUGGUGAUGGUUUUAUGCUUAAUCUUACGUUUGUUCUUCAACAACUUGCUUUACCAAUUGAUGUAGAACGAGUUGAUUUAUAUUAUCCAUACUAUGCAGAUGAUCGUUUAUCAAUACCUAAAGAUCAAUCUCGAUUAUAUUCAACUCAAGAUGAAUUUAAGACAUAUCAAGAAAAUAUCCAAAAACCUCAUGAAAUACGAUUUCCAACUGAAUGUGUUUAUCUUACAUUACAUAUUAGUCAUUUGGGUCUUGUUUCAACUGCUAAAAAACCACAACGACGAAAUAAUAUUAUUCGUGAAUUGAAUAGGUAA